AUGGAAAAAGAAGAGUACAUUACCGAGCGCUUCGACGACGAAAAGGUCGAAGACAUCUCGGCCGAUUAUGACCUCCAGGAGGAAGACGACUCACCCAUCGAGGAAGUUCGUGUCACCAUCCCCAACACUGAUGACCCUUCAAUGCCAUGCAACACCUUCCGCAUGUGGUUCCUCGGUCUCUUGUUCACUGCUGCCGUCUCCUUUGUCAACCAGUUCUUCUACCUCCGUCAAACCCAGAUCUCGAUCGGCUACUCUGUCGUCGCCCUGGUCUCUCUUCCCCUCGGCCACAUGAUGGCAAGGUUCCUUCCCACCCGCCAAAUGAGCCUCUUUGGCUGGUCCUUCUCCCUCAACCCCGGUCCCUUCUCGAUCAAAGAGCACAUCUUGAUCGGAACCAUGACCGCCGUCAACACCUCGACUGCCUACGCCGUUGAUAUCGUCAUCCUCCAGCACCUUUUCUACGACGACAAGCAGCCCUUCAUUGCCGGUCUUCUCCUCGUCUUCACCACUCAGGUCACCGGUUUCGCCCUUGCUGGUGCCCUCCGCAAAUUCCUCAUCCGUCCCGCCCAUAUGAUUUGGCCCUCGACCCUCGUCACCGCCUCGCUCUUCCGCUCGCUCCACGCCAGCAGCAAUGGCAGCGAAGACAAUGGUCGCACUAGCCGCAUGAGGUUCUUCUUGCUCGUCACCUUGGGCUCCUUCAUCUACUACUGGCUCCCUGGCUACAUCUUCCCUACUAUCGGACUCCUCUCUUGGAUCUGCUGGAUCAACCCCGACAACGUUGUUCUCUCCCAAUUGACCGGCUCGAACGGUCUCGGAAUCGGAACCAUUUCCCUCGACUGGUCCGCUGCUUCGUACUAUGUCCAGCCCCUCGUCACCCCUUGGUUUGCCCAGGUCAACAUCUUGAUCGGUUUCAUCCUCGUCGCUUGGGUCAUGGUCCCUUGGGCCUACUACACCAACCUCUGGAACUCUAAGAACUACCCCAUCCUCUCUGCUGGUUUGUUCUUGGAGGACGGUACACCCUAUAACAAGUCCAUGAUCCUCGAUAACAACGUCUUGUCGCCCGAGAAGUACCGCGAAUACGGCCCCGUGCGCAUGGAUUCCUUCUUUGCCCUUACCUACGGAGUUGGUUUCGCCGGUUUGACGGCCACCGUUGUCCACGUUGUCCUCUACAAUGGAAAGGAGAUGGUUGCUCGCUGGAAGUCUGCCCGUGCCGAGAACGAGGAUAUCCACUCUCGCCUCAUGCGCGUCUAUCCCGAGGUCCCCGACUGGUGGUACAUUUCCCUCUUUGUCAUCUCGCUCGCCCUCUCGCUCUUCACCUGCCAGCAGUACAACUUUAUGCCUUGGUGGGCCGUUCUCUUGGCCAUGGCCAUCGCCAUCUUCUUUGUCCUCCCCGUCGGUAUCGUCCAGGCCGUCACCAACCAGCAGCCCGGUCUCAACAUUGUCACCGAGUACGUUAUCGGUUACAUGCUCCCCGGUCACGCCAUCGCCAACGUCACCUUCAAGACCUACGGUUACAUUGUCAACGUCCAGGCCCUGACCUUCACCGCCGAUCUGAAGCUCGGUCACUACAUGAAGAUCCCCCCACGCAUCAUGUUCAUGGCCCAGAUCGUCUCCACCCUCAUCUCCGGAGUCAUCAACCUCGCGACCGCCACCUGGUUGAUCAACACCCGCCCCAACGUCUGCACCCCCGAGGGCAAACCUUUCACUUGCCGUUCCACCAACACCUUCUACUCGGCCUCCGUCAUCUGGGGAGCCAUCGGACCCGCUCGUGUCUUUGGUAACGUCGACGGCGCUCUCUACUCGCCCGUCCAGUGGGGAUUCCUCGUCGGAGCCAUCCUCCCCGUCCCCUUCUGGCUCCUCUCCAAGAAGUUCCCCAACGUUACUUGGUUGAAGUACGUCCACUGGCCCGUGUUGCUGGCUGCCACCUCCAACAUGCCCCCAGCCCUCCCUUACUUCUACACCAACGGACUCUUCAUCGGAUUCGUCUUUGCCUUCCUCAUCAGACGUUACAAUUACGAUUGGUGGGCCCGCUACAACUACCUCACCUCCGCAGCCUUGGAUACCGGUGUGGCCAUUUGUGGUCUCGUUAUCUUCUUUGCCAUCCAAUCCUGGGAAGGACCUGACUUCCCAGCCUGGUGGGGCAACCCUGCUGAUGGAGUCACCGAUCACUGCCCUCAUGGCGGUGCAAACUACUUCGGUCAAACUUAUUAA